AGUCCCAGUUCCCCAACCUCUCGCCCAUGUCAAGCAAAUAAAAAAGUUUUAUUACGGCCAACGUGAACCAAGUCAGGGCAUUACUCUACGGUCUGAUUUUGUUCCCACAGUGAGAAGAGAUGAGCAAAGGGAAGUCUAAGGGGCAGGAGAAUGUGCCCAGCUCCCUCCUCAGCAUCCAGGAGAAUGAGCGUCUGGUGGACCUUCUGGGCCGGAGAUGUGUGGCUCUGGCCACUGCUGUUGUGCAACUCUAUAUGGCCCUUCCCCACAGUCCAGCCCACUGGAGUUUACAGCAUACUGGAGUGGUCUGUUUUGUCAAGGACAACCCACGACGUUCAUACUUCAUCCGCCUUUAUGAUAUCAAGGAGGGGAAAAUGAUAUGGGAGCAAGAGUUAUAUAAUCAGAUGACAUAUUCCAGUCCAAAGCAGUUUUUCCACAGUUUCCCAGCAGAUGAUUGCCAAGUGGGUCUAAACUUUGCAAAUGAUAAGGAAUCGGAGCUGUUCAGAAUCACAUUAGAGGAAAAGAUCAACCAGAGAUCCAGUCGCCAAGAAAAAAGACAGUUUCCUUCAAGUGACGAAAAACGAGCACUGCCACCCACACCACCAACAAAUGGUCCAGGGAUGCAAUCAGGUGGCAUGGCCACAAUAGAUAUCCAAAACCCAGACAUUUCGGCCUCUCGAUAUCGAUCUCCUAGUAUCCCUGUCCCUGCACCUGCUUCCUUAGGCAACCUACUAAAAAAGGACAAGAAGGGCAAGAAGAAGGGCCCUCGACUUACCAAGGCAGAUAUUGGAGCACCCAGUGGUUUUAAGCAUGUCACACAUGUAGGAUGGGAUCCAAACAGCGGUUUUGAUACAAAUAAUCUGGAUCCAGACCUGAAAAAACUGUUUUCUUGUGCUGGUAUUAGUGAAGACCAGCUGACAGACAAAGAGACAUCCAAACUUAUCUAUGACUUUAUUGAGCAGUCUGGUGGUCUCGAUGCUGUCAAAGAGGAGAUGAGGAAGCAAGAUGCAAUGGGUCCUCCAUCUAGGAGUGCCCCCCCAGUCCCAGGUGGUCCACCUGCAGCCCCUCCACCCCGUGGUGAUCGGGGCCCUCCGCCUAUCCCUGGCCAACCUCCACGAGUUCCUCCUCCAUCCCGUAAUGCGAGAGGUCCUAUUCGCGGAUCCCUUCCACCUCCUCCUCCCUCUGGAAGAAGUGGACCACCACCUCCUCCACCUGGUCACUCAGCUCCCCCACCACCUCCCCCCAGUGCUGCAAAGGGAGGAGGAGGAGCACCUCCACCCCCACCUCCACCUCCACCCCCUCCAGCUCCAGCUCCUGCCUUUAGUUCCAACAACAGCAGCCCAGUCAGUCCUACUUCAAGCUCAGGAGGCGGUAGAGGUGCUUUGUUGGACCAGAUACGACUGGGAACCAAGCUAAAGACUGUAUCAGAGAGUGCUGAUCCUCAUCCUCAAUCACAAGAUGAGGGUAGUGAGGGUAUUGUUGGAGCUCUGAUGAUGGUGAUGCAGAAAAGAAGCAAAGUUAUUCAUUCCUCAGAUGAUGAAGAAGAUGAUGGCGUUGAUGAUGAGGAUGAUGAUGAAUGGGAUGACUAAUGCCAAUAUCGAUCUCUGGUACACACACAUACUCUUGUGUAUGCACAUGGACACAAGGAUACCUGCACACGGGCACACACACACAAAUACACAUGGGUACAUGGGUACUGUACAUGUAGGUUAAGUUAGUAUUAUUUUAUGAUCAAGGUGAGCAGCGGAGAAGUAGAACGAUGUUAGUGUAUAUUAUUAAAGCUGAAUGAAGCGGAUGUUAAACGUAAAUAAUUUUAACCCUUUAAUAUGUGAGUGUCUCAGUAAUUGUUCGUAGGUACCUCGUGAAUGGUUCCCUACAAGAUUUUAUAGAACCUGUUAUGAUCAUGAUCAUAAAACUGUGUAAAGCAGUACUAGCUAAAUAUAUUUUGUUUGUCACAAAAUAUGAAAACCAAAGGGUCUAGAAUUUAGGCAUUACAUAAUGAAGUUUACAUUUGUCAAUCAUAUUUCUUAGAUAAUUUUCAAUCUAUUUACUGUAUUACCAUUUUGUCACUGGGGUGAGGAACGAUGUCAUGGGUCACAAGCAAUUUGAAGUAAUACAUUUAGGGGUUUAGGUAAUAGCAAAUAUACACAUUAUUCAACUUAAAUAAAAGCAAACACAUUGUGCAAGCUGUGAGAAUAGCAUCAUGUUUGAAUAUUUUCUCUUUUUUAACAGCAAUUUACUAUUUUUAUUUUAAAAUAAAGGUUUCUAUCCUAAUGAAAACUUUCUCCUCCAGAAUGACAAAGUCCACAUCCACAGCGCAUAAAAGCUCACUAAAUAGUUUGAGUAUAAGAUUUAUAUAAAUUAUAUGAUAUUCCU